AAGAAACCCCGCGACUGUGUCGGCUGCAGAGCCCUUAUCGCCGGAGACGCUGUACGUCUCAUAUGUGGGCAUUUCUUCGAGAAGCCCUGCCUUGUUUCGAUGGUUAGAACAUGCCUCUCCAGCGAGUCGCUGUUUCCGCCCAAGUGCUGUGACCAACCCAUUCCGAAGGCAGCGUUCGAGCCACUCAUGGAUGCCGCGCUUGCGACGCUCUAUGCCGAGAAGAGCAUGGAAUACGGCACGCUUGAGCGAGUGUACUGUGCCAGAGCCGCCUGCCGUCGCUUCCUCGGACCACAAGCGAAGGGCAUACACCACGUCUAUACAUGCCCUGCACCCGGGUGCGGCACGCGGACGUGCAGCCGGUGUAAGAUAGAGGUGAAGAAGGCAGUCCUUCACGCAUGCAGGCCAGAC